GUCGGAAAAUAGCUGAUAAUUACUGGCGUAUUGUUUUUCUUUUAUUUUCACACUCCUAUCUGGAUAAUAAAUAUGAAUUUAUGCUGAUAUACAAAUUAUGGUUGAUAUCGGAAAUUAAGCACACUAUAGGCUUUACUUAGUUUGUCUGAAGAUAUAAAAAGAUUUAUUUUCUAAUAUGAGAAUUGGUGAUCCUUGGUCUUAUGUGAUUCUUGUUUUACUAUCAACACAGUUGCUUGUACCAUUUGUAGUGACAGACAGAAUAUGCAAUUCACAAAGUACUCCUCACCCGUUUGGUGUGUGUGGAAGCGAAUUGUCAAAUAUAAUGCAACUUAUAUGUGGAGAUCGUGGGUUCAACUCAAGAAUGUCAAAACGAGGCGAAGUUAUAGAAGAUACUACAGACUCACCACUUCAUGGAAUCAUUUUGGGUAAAAGAAAAGCGAUGGCCUAUAUUACUAAACGACGGACACACAUUGUUUGUGAAUGUUGUCAUAAUUCUUGCGAAUUCAGCGAAAUGGAACAGUACUGCAACUAGGAUUGAAACACGAAACAAUAAAUUAAAAUAUAGGAAAUUAAAUAAUAUUUGUUAAAGUUAACAUGCUUUACAUAUUUUGUAAUACGAAAAUAUUGUUUUUUUUGUUUUUUUUUGUAAAACAAACGGUAUACAAUAAUCUUCUUUCUCCAGACUCUUUUAGCUUUA